CAAAAUUUGUUUGAACUGUAUUAUCGUUUUGUUAACCUACAACAUGGCAUCCUCUCCUACGCAAAAAAAUUUUGAAGCAACCUCCCGGCUACAAAUGAAGGAACAGACAAUUGACGAGAUGUAUGGUGUACCAGAGAACUUUCUGGAGAUCGAAGUGAGGAAUCCACAAACUCACGGUUUUGGUCGCAAAAUGUUUACUGACUAUGAGAUUGUUUGUAGAACGAAUAUUCCCGCCUUUAAGUUAAAAACCUCUUCAGUUCGAAGAAGAUACAGUGAUUUUGAAUGGUUCCGUGACGUUCUUGAACGUGAAUCUUCAAGAGUAAACAUUCCUCCUUUGCCAGGCAAAGUCUUCACUAACCGUUUUUCGGAUGAAGUUAUUGAAGCUCGCCGGGAAGGACUUGAAAGAUUUUUACAAAUUGUUGCGGGUCAUCCUCUUUUGCAAACAGGAAGCAAAGUAUUAUCCGCUUUCAUCCAGGAUCCUAAUUUCAGCCGUGAGAACUACAAUUAUUAAGAACUUUUUUCUAUCCAUGCUAAAAGAAAAUUGUGGAUUCCUUUUUUUAUUUGUGUAAACGGAAUGUGUGUAUAUUAUCAUAUUUAUUUCAUUAUAUUUUCUUUUAUCCGACUUUGUUUCUCUAAAAAACAUUAAAAAUAAAAAUAUGGGUGCUAUUUAAUCGUAUC